GACAGAGUGAAUGCGGGAGGCUGGAGAUGUUUCCCGUGCACCAUCUGAGGGCCAUGGUCCGCCUCCUGACCCUCCACAUCGUUCUCGCCAUCUCAAUGUGGACCGCCACAGCCUUCGACUCUCCCCGGCGCCUGAUGGUCGUCUACAGAGAAACCGCGAGCCCUCCGCCCUUCUCACGACGCCGGUUGGCCGACGGCACCCCCCUCUCGUCUUUCAGCCGCGUCCACCCAGACCACAGAAGGCGAGUGCUCUCACGCAUGUCCUCCCACAUGCCUCACCACAGCAACCACUCGACAUUCCUCCCGCUGCUCGGCGUUGAGAUCUUUGAAGCAGCUGCUGCUGAGGAUGACUUGUCGACCGGCGGUCUGUCUGAGGUGUUGGCGGCGUUGCGUGGCGAGGAUGGUGUGGAGGAUGUGAUGGAGGACAGCCCUGUUGAUUUUGAGGCGAGCGGUUGGGAGGUCGACUUUAUGCCAUCCGAAAAGGGAUGGGACCCCGACCUGCCCAAACAAUGGGGCUUCGACAGCACAUUCGCACAGCAGAUUGGGUCCAUCGGAGAGGGACCACCGGAUGCUGCAGAGGAGCGUCAUCACCACGCUGGGAGGGGGAGGGGUGACAAAGCCGCAGAUCAAGGACCCAAUAAGGCGGCCGACAAAGCUGUGGAUGUGGACAUUGAUGCGGUGGAGGCGCUUGCCGAGUGGGAGCCGAAGGAGAAGGACGUGGUGAUAGCGCUGAUCGACAGUGGGGUGGACGUGACGCACCCUGACCUGAAGGGGCAGCUGUGGGUGAAUGGCGGUGAGGUGCCGGACAACGGGAUCGACGACGACGGCAACGGCUACAUCGAUGACAUACACGGAUGGGACUUCAAGUAAGCAAAAGUGGACAGGAAGGAGACCAUGCGACAAACCAGCUGGACCGAUGUUGAUUGGUCUAUCGCAGGGAUGAGGUGCAGGGCCAUGCGCCACAAGACACCUUCGGCCACGGCAGCCACGUGGCCGGCAUUAUCGCAGGUGUGUCAGUGAGUUCAUCACGCAUCCUUGCACGCUACGAUCUGUUCCUUCCAGGUCGGCAUCGCAAUGACGUGGGCGUCGCUGGCGUCUGCCCAACCUGCAAAAUCCUCGCACUGCGAAUCCUUGACAAAAAGUACACUUCAUACAGACAGACAGGCAAACCUUUUGCUUUGCUUUGCCAUUCCUCCCGCUUCCACGUGUGUCCGUCGUCUCCUCCCCCUCUGUGCAGAGGUCGCGGGUACUGGAGUGACGCCAUCCGUGCGCUGGAGAUGGCCAUCGCGGCCGGCGUGCAGAUCACCUGCCACGCAUUCGGCGCCCCAGACUACAGUCCGACCUUUGAAGUGGUCGCCAGGCGGUAGGCAGACAAACAGAAAAGACAUUCUGCAUGGACUCCAUGCUGACGAUUCGUUCGUUCAGGGCGGGCGAGAGGGGCAUGCUGAUCAUUGCUGCCGCGGGCAACAGCGGCAAGCACGUGGACGAGAAGCCGCAGUACCCUGCCGCCAUGCCUCUGGCCAACAUGCUGAGCGUCACCUCCAUCUCUCAAGACGGGUCGGUCAGCUGGUUCAGCAACACACAUCCGAAGCGCGUCCACAUGGCCGCACCGGGGGACAAAAUAUGGAGCUUGGGUAAGUGACUGCACUGUCAGUGCGACAGACAAACAUGGCAAUCUGUCCACUGGUUCGUUCCCCGUUUCUCAGAUAAGGAUGGCGGCUACCGAUUCCGCACCGGCACGAGCCAGUCGACUGCCUUUGUCGCGGGGAUUGCUGGUCUUUUGUUGGCCGAAGACCCCUCCCAGUCAUGGGAGCAGCUCAAGGACAGGCUGCUGCGGGGCGUCAAGCCACUGGACAACUUGAAGGACAUCACCAGCACGGGUGGCCUGGCCAGUGCACUGCUCGCGCUGAGGACCGAGAAACGACCUCUCGAGGAGAUAUGUGAGUGAGCUUCAAGGCGGGCACGAAAAGGUCGUCUCGACAUGUGGUAUGCAUGCCUCAUGUGUGUGUCAGAUGGGGAGUGUCAGUUCCACGACCCCUGCGCGACGGACGCCACGUGCCAUGAUGCCAAGCAUGAGAGCAAAGACAAUGGGAAGGACCCCAAGAAAGGCGGCGAGAUGCCCAAGCUGAUGGCUGCAGAGGUCCUUGAGGUGGACAGGAAGGCGCUCAACGCCUCCCAGCCAACAUGCACCUGUCCUGAGGGCCUCGAUCACAACCACGCUAGUCUCAAAUGCACCGGUAAGGCAACGCAACGCACUGAUGGGAUGUAAUACGGCACUGAUGCGGUCACCCACAUGUCUUCCUCCCCUGUGGCGUGCACAGAUCGAGAUGAGUGCAGUCUGGGUGAGGAGAUGCAUGGCUGCAGCCAGGCCUGCGUCAACACGGAGGGCUCCUUCCACUGCGCAUGCUGGCCCGGCUUUGCCCUCAAUGACGACCGGCGCACGUGCUCGGCCGCCAAGGACAAGGAGGAGGCCGAUGUCUCAUCCCCGCCCUCUUCCCCCAAGAGGCCCGAGGGCUUCCUCGAGCAGCGGCAGCAGUCGCGGCUAUCGCGCCCGUCUCUCUUUUCGUCCAUCCCCUUCCUCCAGAUCCCCGAGAAUCUGUUUGGCUUUGGAGGCUUCGGCAACAGGAAACCUGACAUGGCCACAGGGAGGAAUCUUGCGGCUGAUGACCCUUGGGAGGGCCCUGGCAGUAAUGCGACGGAUGUCCAUUAUGUGGCUGAGGAGGGGAUCGGUCGGUUGCUCUCGCCUGUGGUUGUGCCGACGCCUCUGUUGGAAUCCCCUUUAUGGGGCGAUGGUGAUGGUGAUGAGCAGGGGGGUCUGCUGGAUAUGGCGUUGGAUCGAGUGGCCGUGAGGGAUGCGCUGCAUGCGUACGUGGGAGGUGACACGGAUGGCGUGACUGACCUCUUGACCUUCUUGAACAGGACCACUCAGAGGACGACCCAUGGCAUGGCUGAUGGAUAAAUGAUAUGGUGUGCAGUGCAUGCGACUGAAUGAGUGGGUUUUGCGUGGAGUGGAUGGAUGGAUGGCCUGACAGUGUGUAUCUAUCUAUCUAACCAUACCAUGCCGCGUGUAAA